AUGAUUUGCACGCCUUCCCUCCUUGUCUUGAAGAACAUGCAGGAAACCGGGCUGGAAUACCAUGGGGAGCUUCUGGAGAGGUAUUGCGAUCGUCAGACGGCUUCUAUGAUCGAGUGGGAGGGAAAUCAUCGGGUGCCCAUCAAACUGAAGGAUUCUCGUGUGGUGAUCGAGAAGGGUUUGAGGGUUGCGCAAAAGACGGGCUCCGUGGAACCUUCGGCGAUGGAAGAGAGAUGGCCUCUUGAUGGCGCCGCCAUCUCUUUGGAUCGUCAAGGAAUGGCCUUUGUAUUUCCCUUAAAUUCCUCAUGAAUAACACCUUCUAUGGCUUCUUCUUAGAGUGCUCAUUUGUGGUAACUCUAGAUCAAUGCUGCAUGGGUAGGUUUGACUGUACACUGUUCAUUCUAUCUUGAGUCGCAAUUGUCGUGCGCAAUGGCCAAUAUUGUCGUCUCGGUGAUCUUGGAUAAGGUUAGCCACACUUCACCAUUUAAUAUUGCUGAGAGAACCCUGAUUCUGUCUACACGUAAGGUGGCUCCACAAUGUCUUGCCGGUCACCCUCAUUCAUUUUCUUUAAUGGUCGCAUGCCGAUGAAGCAUACUUGAUAAUCUUCAUCCGUGCUAUUUGAACUAUCUGGAAAUAAAAAGAACAGUAAGUAAGUGACAAAAAGGGUUAC